AUGAUUAUUUACAAGGACAUCUUCACCGGAGACGAGUUGUUCUCCGACACCUUCAACAUCAAGGAGGUCGACGGUGUCCUGUGGGAGGCCGACUGCCGCAAGUACGUCAAGGGGAAGGAGACCUUCCAGCUCGAGGGUGCCAACCCCUCUGCCGAGGGUGAAGAUGACGAUGGCGGCGACGCCGAAGGUCCGCAGCAGAUGGUCUACGACAUCGAGGACCAGUUCCGUCUCGUCUGGCUCAAGCAGGAGGAGGGCAUGAAGCCGUCCAAGGAUGCUUUCAAGGCUCACCUGAAGACUUACGUCAAGAACCUCAACAACAAGCUCAAGGAGAAGGGUGCCAGCGAGGAGACCAUCAAGGAGUUCCAGGCCGGUGCCACCAAUGCCGUCAAGAAGAUCCUCGCCAACUACGACAACUACGACGUGCUGAUGGGCUCGUCCAUGGACGGCAACGCCAUGCACGUCCUGAUUGACUACCGUGAGGACGGCAUUACUCCGUAUGCCACUCUGUGGAAGCACGGUCUGGAGGAGAUGAAGGUCUAA